GAGAAUGCCAAGAAUGUGCAAAGCUGUCAAGGCAAAGGGUGGCUACAUUGAAGAAUAUAAAAUAUUGCUAAAUUUAAGUAGAUUUUUUUCCCGUAUGAGACCAACAGUGCUUUUUGUGUUGACUGGUGGGUUCGAGUUGUUGACCGUCUGUUCAGCGCUGGUAUGAAGCCUCUCUGCCUUCAUUAAUAGACCGGCUUCUGUUGUGUGGUCAUUGUUUCUGUGGUGGUAAUGAAUCUCCCAUCAGAAAUGAGUCCUCCGGUUUAGUUGGUGAAUCUAAUGAAGCGGCUCCUUUUAAAUUAAAUUAAAAAUAUUUUUCCCCUGUCUAUCUCUAGCUCCCCGUUGCCCCCGGUUACGGAUGAACCCCAGAGGGAAGCAGAGGAUGCCGGGAUGCCCGAUGCCCCAAGUGGGAGGAGCUCUGCUCUGGAAGCGGUACGCUCCACGUUAUGCCCCGCCCAUCGCUCUCUGCUCCAGCGAAUCUUGAGGCUCGCCCACCAGCAGCACCGUCUAUCAUUGGCCUACAGGGACGCCCAUCGCCGCCUCGUCCCGCCCCCAGACCCUCUCUGCGGCCACCUGGUGGCCAAACAACAGGACGACACGUCCUCUCCUCCUUCCUUCACUGACUGUUGGAGCCGUAGUGGUCCGACUGACUGGAAGACACCAGGUGGUCCAGGCUGUUGCUGCUGGCUGCCUCCUGUGUGUUUCUGCCUCCAGAGCCUCCGCUGCCUGUCCUGCCAGAGCCUGUCCCUGGGACACAUCACCACUGGGGUUCGCUCCCCUUCUUCUCUGUGCUCUUUCACGUCCUCCUCUUCUCGUUCAUCCUCCGCUCUGUGCCCUAAUCCCUCAGUGUGUCCCGUGGCCUCUGUCUGUUGCUCCAACCCCCAGCCCUGCGCCUCCUGCUGCUCAGAACACACCUACCUGGCCCCGGUCAGACACACAGACCCGGGAGGUGGAGGAGGAAGCGAGUGCCCUGUCCUCAAGAGAGAGCGAUCCCCCUCUCCACCCCCUCUCUCCCCCAUACCCUCAGACAUGGACGGUAAGGAGGAAGACAAGCCUCCCUCUCUUCUGCAGCAGGAGGGGGAAAAAGAGGAGGAGGCUGGGUGUGGUGGGGAGGUGGGUGAGGACAGGGAGCAGCAGGACCUGGUGGAGCGUUUCAGUGACAAACUAAAGGCAAUCAGACCCCAGGAGAAGGAUCCUCCACUCAGCUCUGCCUUAGCCAAUCACAACCUCGAGAAGGAUCCCCACCUGACGACCUCGGCCAAUCAGCACAUUGCAGAGUCCCAGGCCGACGCCCACCUGAGUGAGAUCAUCACCACCGUUCUGAACACGGGUGGCGGCAGCGACUACAGCCUAAACGACAUGUUGCAUCACCAUGACAACAACGAGAGCCAUCCACCUCGGACGCGUUCCCGGCGGCGACAGGAGGCCCUGGCUGCCAUGGCGACUUUGCCCGACCAGUCGUCCACCCGGCGCCAGACCGUGCUAAUCAAACGGGAGCUGGCCAGGCUGAACCAAUCGCUGGGCAGGAGGCUAUCGCUAGGGAAGAACAAGAGCCGCAGUGCCACGCCCUUUUCUACCUGCUCCUCACCUGAACCAACCCCUGUUACAGCAGAGAUAGACAGAAUCACAGAGGAGGAGGGAGAGACUGGUAGAGUGAAGGAGGGAGAGACCGGUAGAGUGAAGGAGGGAGAGACCGGUAGAGUGAAGGAGGGAGAGACCGGUAGAGUGAAGGAGGGAGAGACCGGUAGAGUGAAGGAGGGAGAGACCGGUAGAGUGAAGGAGGGAGAGAGAGGUAGAGUGAAGGAGGAAGAGACCGGUAGAGUGAAGGAGGGAGAGACCGGUAGAGUGAAGGAGGAAGAGACCGGUAGAGUGAAGGAGGGAGAGACCGGUAGAGUGAAGGAGGGAGAGACCGGUAGAGUGAAGGAGGGAGAGACCGGUAGAGUGAACGAGGGAGAGACCGGUAGAGUGAAGGAGGGAGAGACCGGUAGAGUGAAGGAGGGAGAGACCGGUAGAGUGAAGGAGGGAGAGACCGGUAGAGUGAAGGAGGGAGAGACCGGUAGAGUGAAGGAGGGAGAGACCGGUAGAGUGAAGGAGGGAGAGAGAGGUAGAGUGAAGGAGGGUGAGACCGGUAGAGUGAACGAGGGAGAGACCGGUAGAGUGAAGGAGGGUGUGACAGAGAAGGUGACAGCAGAGGAGGCAGGUCCAGUUAGAGUCACGAAGGAUAGAGUCGGCAUGAAGGAGGAGAUGGAGAAACCCCCAGUCCUCUCCUCUACACAACAGAGUCCCCCGCAGGAGGACCAACACAAACCAGAGAGCUGGAACAUCACCUGUCAGGACAGCAGUAGGAGUGACCUCCCUGAGAAGAGGAGAGAGGAGGAGUCACCAGGAAGUACCAGCAGUGGUCUUCCUGAGAGGAGUAGAGAGGAAGAGGAGGAGUCACCAGGUAGUACCAGCAGUGGUCUUCCUGAGAGGAGUAGAGAGGAGGAGUCACCAGGUAGUACCAGCAGCACCUGUGACCAUGGCAGUGGUCUUCCUGAGAGGAGUAGAGAGGAAGAGGAGGAGUCACCAGGUAGUACCAGCAGUGGUCUUCCUGAGAGGAGUAGAGUGGAAGAGGAGGAGUCACCAGGUAGUACCAGCAGUGGUCUUCCUGAGAAGAGUAGAGAGGAAGAGGAGGAGACAGCAGGCAGCAGCAAGGACAGUAGCAGAGUGUCAGCCAGGAAUAGCCCAUCCCACCCCUGCAGAACCAGGAGAGGCAGCAGGUCCCAGCCAGGCUGCAGCAGCCAGGUGGUGGUGGGGAGGAGCAGCGAUGCUGGGAGGUCCAGGAGGAGCAUCGUCCCUCCCCAGCGGUUCUCCUCCUACGUCACAGAGCCCAGGAUGAUGUAUUCUGCUGCCUGUUUCUCAGAGAGGAUCUUCUCCGCCCAGAGGACGCCAAAGGAUCGGCAACCACUCAAUGCCCCCAACACCAAUCGCACAGACUCCCCGUCCUCGGCCACAGACACGGCUGAGGGGUUGGGCGAAGCAAGAGAAGAGGAAUUACCGCUGGCAUCCAGUCCGGAGGAUGUCAGUCAGGAGAGGAGGGGAGGCAGAGGCUGUAGAUCAACAGCAAGAGGUCAGAGUUCAGACCGUGAGUCACAGAGACGAGGUCAGGUGAUUCCCGUCACUGCAGCUUCCUCUGAGCAGCAGAGUCCCCCUAAACAGCGCUCCCAGAACAGGGCAGACGUUAGGCUCAGAGCAGCCAAACCUUUCGGGCGCUUACGCUCGUCCCACUCCGCCCAACAGUCCCAACCAGCGAGCCCUCAGACAGCCUCCAGGCCAGAGGUCCCCACAGAGCAGCCUCAGUACAUCAGCCCCAUCAAGCUGAUGUUUGUGUCUGCAGUAGUGGGCGAGGAGGGGGUGAGGUACACCCUGAAGGCGGCUGCACCAGGAUCCAACUGGCAUGGACAGGAGACCUUUGACCCCUGUGAGGAGUCAUCGUGGGCUGGAAGUCCAGAGAAGACCCCAGAGAAGACCAGGAGUCCACCGAAGACCAGGAGUCCCCUCCAGACCAGGAGUCCACUGAAGACCAGGAGUCCCCUCCAGACCAGGAGUCCACCCCAGACCAGGAGUCCACCCCUGACCAGGAGUCCACCCCAGACCAGGAGUCCCCUUCAGACCAGGAGUCCACCCAAGAACACCAUAUCGUCAUCACCAAAGCUGUGUGGAACGACGAGAGGAGGAGAGGGGGGUAGCCCGCCAAAACGGUCCCCUGGGUCCCAGAACGGAGAUGGCUCGCCUCCUUUUCGUGAAACCACCCCCACAAAGAGACGUCCGGGACGUCCCAAGAAACUGGGCCCCCAGCUGGAGAAGAGGGCCAAGAGGCCGAUCGGCCGCCCGCCCAAGCAAAGGGGUGUAGAGCCGAGCUGUGACUCCAGGCAGGGUGGUCAGGACCGGUCCAGUGGAGUUCCCUUAGGCUGCAGCACCGGGGAGGAGGGCAACAAGGAGAGAGACCCAGCCAACAGGAACCUGAAGAUCACCGUGGUGUACGGACGCUCCCACAGGACCAAGAGGACAGUGUCGGAGGAGGCUGCUUGUCUCCAGGCUACAGAGCAGCUGAUGGAUCUGAACUUCGUCAGACCGGUGAAGGAGAAGAGGUUCGCUCCCCACGCCAGCAGCAACAUUAUCAAGUGCCAGAAGCUGCAGUGUACCGCGGCCAUGCGUCGUCCAGGGAGACCCGCCAAGGUCAAGAUCUCCGGAAUCUCUGUUACCGUCACCACCACGUCGCCGGGGAAACGCAAGAUCCACAUGAACCGGGACACAGCCAGGAAAUCUCCGGAGAAGCUCUGGCAGCGGAAAGCCCUCCUUCCUGAACCCCAGCCUUCCAAAGAGCCCAGGAAAAUCAGCAGCACGCCGACUAGCGAAGACGCCACUCUGAUGCAGAUAGAGAGAACGACAGAGUCCGAGGAUGGAGCGAGGGAGCGACAGACCCAGACUCCUCCUGUGUUGGCGGUGCGUCACUCUGUGAGGGUGAGGAAGCCUUCAGUGUACCUGCUUCACUCUGUAGCCACCUCCACCUCUAGGUCCCUGAGCCACAGUACCGCCCUGCUGCGCCGAUCCAGACAGCUACUGAUCAACAGGGCCAGCAGCAAGGGCAGCCAUCGCAAGAGGAAGGAGGAGGGAAGAGAGGACACUCCAGGGCAGGAGGAGCUGCUAUCCGGGAGGGAGGAGAGGAGGAGCGAGGGAAGAGGAGGAGUGUUGUGUGAGGACUUAAGCCAGGUAGCGGGGGUUUCGGUAGACUCCAUUUUCCCAGCCAGCUCCAGCGAGGCGUUGAGGUGGUGGCCCGUCUCCUCCGACCAGGACAGCCUGAACCAAGAGCUGGCUCGCAGGAUCCGCCUCAUAUCCCAAAGCUGGGUCGCUGCCGCUGCCACCCACACCACCAGGACGGGGACGAUCAUGUCCGCCAAGCAGAGACUCGACGACGACUCUUUGUCCUCCUGGAAGCCAGAGGUUGGGUCGGCAGUGCGGCUGCUGUUUGACCGGCGCUGCAGCGUGGAGAGGCUGGCCUCCUGGUUCAUGCAGACCACUGAGACUCAGUCUCUGGGCAUUGUGAAGAAGACCAGCUCCAGAAACCCCUAUGAGCUCCUGCACUACCCCCGGAACGCCAGCAGGGAGAGCAUCUUUCCCAGCCCACAGACCAUGCGACUACGCAAACACAUCAAGAAGUUUGCCAAAGCUGUGCCGAAGAGCCCCGCCCAGCUCCGUCUGGUCCAGGAACGGCUCCGACGUGGAAGAGAGCUGAAUGCCAGGCGGCGUCUGUUCACUGCGAGGCCGGCGUCUGGCGGGCUGCGUCUCAGAGCUCCUUGGAAGGUCAGGGCCCUCGGGACAUACAGAACCACUCUGCUCAGAGUCAGAGAAAAGUUCCUCACCUGGACCCUCAGAGCCAAGCAGCCCAACAGGCUGAUCUGGAGGAGAAGCCAGGUGGAGGAAGGCAACUCACCUCACCAGGUCUGGCCUUCUGCUCAGCCCAGGGAAGAGCUCACCAGGUCUCCACAUCACCACUGUCUACCUGCCUCCUCAGAGACCAGUCAUCCCUGCAGCCCCGACCGGCUGACAGGCCUCACCAAACAGCAGCGUCUCAGCUCUAAAGCCUGGAGUCCAGAGAGACUGAAGGAGUGUUGCGUGUUCCUCAAGAAGAUCAACUCCCCCGACACAGAGUCCACCGUUGAGAAGGAGUGGGAUGUCUGCACCGUCAAUCUAGAUGACACAUACUGCCCCGACGAGACCAGACAGGAGGAGAGGAGCGGAGAGGACGACAAAGCUGUGAAAACAGAGAGAAGGAAGAGGAGAGUUCCCUGGAAGGAGUCUAGCGGCUCGCCGCAGGAGGUGAUGGUUCAGGAGCACAACCAGGUCCGAGCCGGGAACAGGAGAGGCAAACAGAAACAUUCAGGGAAGUCCACGAGCCAGUCACCGACCCCGCCGCCAGCGAAAGCCACGAGCCAAUCCCCGACCCCGACGCCAGCGAAAGCCACGAGCCAAUCCCCGACCCCGCCGCCAGCGAAAGCCACGAGCCAAUCCCCGACCCCGCCGCCAGCGAAAGCCACGAGCCAAUCACCGGCCCCGACGCCAGCGAAAGCCACGAGCCAAUCACCGACCCCGCCGCCAGCGAAAGCCACGAGCCAAUCACCGACCCCGCCGCCAACGAAAGUCAUGAGAAAAUCGCGUGGGAGGGGCCUGACCGGGCCGCGGUGGCGUGACUUCAUACUGGGAACCUGACUGUCCUCCGUCCCGUCUCCACGGUGACUGUGUUGUAACUGUAUUGGCGGGACGCUCCUCCCUCCGUCUCCACGGUGACUGCGUGUAAACAACUCGGUGCCUUCAGACUGCCCCUUGGCAUUAUGUAGCAGAAGGAAAAGUUUAACCAGAAGAAGCUUACCAUUGCACUAUUUUUUAAACUAUUCAGUCCCCCCUCCUCCACACACACACACUAUUCAGCCCCCCCCACACACACACACACACACACAGCCUGCUUUUAAAAAACCAAACUGUGUAUAUGUUUGUACAGAAUGUCUUUAAAACUUUGACACACCUUUCUUCUGCCUUGUCUGAUACAACUACCAACCCAUCAAGUUCUGUUGUAAUGAGCCCGGAGGCCUGUUUGGGAGAUUACACAUUCAAACACUGCGUCUACAAUGACACCCUAUUCCCUAUAUAGGGCACUACUUUAGACCACAGCCCUAUGACACCCUAUUCCCUAUAUAUAGGGCACUACUUUAGACCACAGCCCUAUGGCACCCUAUUCCCUAUAUAGGGCACUACUUUAGACCACAGCCCUAUGACACCCUAUUCCCUAUAUAGGGCACUACUCUAGACCACUGGGCUGUGGUAUAAAGUAGUGCACUAUAUAUAGGGAAUAGGGUGCCAUAGGGCUGUGGUAUAAAGUAGUGCACUAUAUAUAGGGAAUAGGGUACCAUAGGGCUCUGGUCUAAAGUAGUGCACUAUAUAUAUGGAAUAGGGUGCCAUAGGGCUGUGGUAUAAAGUAGUGCACUAUAUAUAGGGAAUAGGGUGCCAUAGGGCUGUGGUAUAAAGUAGUGCACUAUAUAUAGGGAAUAGGGUGCCAUAGGGCUGUGGUAUAAAGUAGUGCACUAU